AUGCUAAUGCUGAAUAAAACAGAACUUACUCCAUCCUCAUUUAUUUUGGAUGGAGUACCAGGACUGGAGCAUAUGCACCUCUGGAUUUCCUUCCCCUUCUGCUCCAUGUAUGUUGUGGCAAUAGCGGGGAACUGUGGAUUCCUCUACCUCAUCGGCUGUGAGGAUUCCCUGCACAGGCCCAUGUACUACUUCUUGGCUAUGCUGUCCUUAACGGACCUCGUCAUGUGCACCAGUUCGAUCCCGAAAGCUCUUUGCAUCUUCUGGUUUCACCUCAAGGAAAUCAGCUUCAAUGAGUGCCUGGUCCAGAUGUUCUUCAUCCACACCUUCACAGGGAUGGAGUCAGGUGUGCUCAUGCUCAUGGCCCUGGACCGCUUUGUGGCCAUCUGCUACCCUCUGCGCUACUCCACCAUCCUCACCAACCCUGUCAUUGCCAAGGUUGGGCUUGCCACUUUCCUGAGAGCAGUCCUGCUCAUCAUUCCCUUCACUGUUCUCACCAAGCGACUGCCUUACUGCAGAGGGAACAUUAUCCAUCAUACCUUCUGCGACCACAUGUCCGUAGCCAAGUUAUCCUGUGGGAACAUCAAGGUCAAUGCUAUUUAUGGUCUGAUGGUUGCACUGCUGAUUGGGGGCUUUGACAUCCUGUGCAUCACGGUCUCCUACACCAUGAUCCUCCGCACGGUGAUCAGCCUCUCCUCAGCUGACGCUCGGCAGAAGGCCUUCAGCACCUGCACUGCCCACAUCUGUGCCAUUGUGUUCUCCUAUAGCCCGGCUUUCUUUUCUUUCUUUUCCCAUCGCUUCGGAGGUCACACAAUUCCUCCAGCCUGUCACAUCAUUCUAGCCAAUAUUUAUGUUCUCUUGCCUCCCACCAUGAACCCUGUUGUUUAUGGGGUGAAAACAAAACAGAUACGUGACUGUGUUCUAAGGAUCCUUUCAGGUUCUAAAGACAUCAAAUCCCAGAGCACAUGA